UUUUGUGGAAUAAAACACCAUGUUCCGUUGUAUUCCAAUAUUUCGUGGGUGUAAUAGCCAGGUGGAAUACGUUGACAAGCGUCACUGCUCGCUGUCAAGCGUACCUGAUGAUUUGAUACGUUAUUCACGCAGUCUUGAGGAACUGUUGCUCGAUGCCAAUCACAUCAAAGAUCUCCCCAAGAAUUUUUUUCGACUGCAGAGACUCAGAAAACUUGGUUUGAGCGAUAAUGAAAUACACCGACUACCACCAGACAUUCAGAAUUUCGAAAAUCUCGUCGAACUUGAUGUAUCAAGAAAUGACAUACCAGACAUUCCUGAGAACAUCAGAAAUUUACGUGCCCUACAGGUGGCGGACUUCAGCAGUAAUCCAAUCCCCAGGCUACCAGCGGGUUUUGUAAAACUGCGAAACCUUACAGUUCUUGGCCUUAAUGAUAUGUCUCUUACGAAUUUACCACCAGACUUUGGAAGUUUGGAGGCACUACAAUCACUAGAACUGAGAGAGAAUCUCAUAAAAUCGUUACCUGAAUCACUCUCACAAUUGUCGAAAUUGGAAAGGCUUGAUUUGGGUGACAAUGAAAUCGAAGAAUUGCCACCACACAUAGGCAAAUUACCAGCCCUCCAAGAAUUAUGGUUGGAUCAUAAUCAGCUUCAGCACUUACCACCUGAGAUUGGUGAAUUAAAAAAACUCGCAUGUUUGGAUGUCUCAGAAAAUCGUCUUGAGGAUUUACCAGAGGAAAUUGGCGGUCUUGAAUCUUUAACUGAUUUACAUUUAUCACAAAAUGUUAUUGAAAAAUUACCAGAUGGUCUUGGCGAGCUUAGAAAACUGACGAUCCUAAAAGUCGAUCAAAAUAGACUAUCAGUAUUGAAUCCUUGCAUUGGAAAUUGUGAAAAUAUGCAGGAGCUUAUUUUAACUGAAAAUUUUUUAUUUGAAUUACCCAUCUCCAUUGGAAAGUUAUUGAAUUUAAAUAAUUUAAAUGUCGAUCGUAACAGUUUGCAGACAUUGCCAACUGAAAUAGGUAAUUUAACAAAUUUAGGAGUUUUAUCUCUUCGCGACAACAAACUUCAAUACAUACCAUCAGAAGUUGGUCAAUGCACAGCACUGCAUGUGCUGGACGUAUCUGGAAAUCGAUUGCAGUAUUUGCCAUACACACUGAUUAACUUGAAUUUAAAAGCAGUAUGGUUGAGUGAAAAUCAGGCACAACCAAUGUUGACUUUCCAAACAGAUGUAGAUGAGGAUACUGGCCAAGAGGUAUUGACGUGUUUCCUUUUGCCUCAAUUGGAGUAUCAUACCAGCGGUGCACAUGAGCCAGGACGUCUUGGUAUGUUGGCCGGUUUGAGAGGAGUUGUUCCAGGAGGUGAAAUGCGAGAAUUAGGAAGUAGCGAUGACGAAAAUUGGCAAGAAAAAGAGGCAUCGAGAACACACUCUGUCAAAUUUACUGAUGAUGCACCCGAGGCAGACAAGGAGACACCAUUCGUAAGGCAAAACACUCCGCAUCCAAAGGAACUGAAAGCAAAGGCUCACAAAUUAUUUAGCAAAGGAAAAAAUGACAGCAGAUCAGGCUCCACUGACGAACAGGAUGUGUCGCAAACAUUUGGUCUUGAUAAAACUGAGUUUGACAAUUCACAUGAGGAGUCUCAGUCUCAGGAUAUAGGGGAACAACCAGAGCCACCAUAUCAUAAUAAUACGCACGAGCAAGUUACGGCCUGUCAAAGGGAAACUGUCAACCAUGACUCAGUUCAACAUAUGUCUACUGAGAAAGAUCAAACGUCCUCUCAACCAACAUUAGAGCCACAAUUCCAUUCAUCAUUUCAGGAUGCUGAGAUGAAGGGGUCGGUGUUGGAAUAUCGGGAUAGGGAUGAAGAUGAAUCUCAGUAUGACGAUACGCAGAGACAUGUUGAAUUUACAAUAUCGGAAGAAGCGGAUUCAGAGGUUGGGGGGGAAACGGCUAAGCCAAACAGGCUGCAUCGUCGUGACACCCCUCACCAUUUGAAAAACAAGCGAGUCCAUGACUCCAUUGACAAGGAUAAAGUUGCUUCAAUCAUCGCCCAGGCACUGAUGAAGAAAAGUGAGGACACAUCGGCUUCAGUCAGUCUUCCAAUGGAAUCCAUCGAUAAUUAUGAUAUGCACAGUCAAGGGGCUACCUCAGAUGUUGAACCAACGUUGGAAGUACGUGAAGAGCAAUAUGAAAUUCAUAUUGAGAGAACAACUGGAGGCUUGGGAUUAUCAAUAGCUGGCGGCAUAGGAUCGACGCCAUUCAAAGGCGACGAUGAAGGAAUUUUCAUUUCUCGAGUUACUGAAGGUGGCCCAGCAGACUUGGCUGGUUUACGAGUAGGUGACAAAGUUAUCUCGGUAAAUGGAGUUUCAGUAGUUGAUGUAGACCACUAUGAUGCAGUUGAAGUUUUAAAAGCAUGUGGUCGUAUACUCAUACUUGUUAUUCUCAGAGAGGUUACACGGAUCGUACCAUCAUCAGAGCUGUCAACGAGAAAAGACUCACUAUGCUCGAGCUUAAGUACAAGUCGCGCACCAAGCGCUACCUCAUACGUCUCAUCAACUGCAAUAUCACACAAUCUUGAGAAUGGCGAUAGUCUCCCACGUGAUGCCAACAAAGUGAUGAAAAAAAUUCCCGAACCUUUAGCGGCAAUGAGAGCAGAAGAACCAUUAGUGCCAGUUCUCGUUCACACAACCUUGAUUCGAGAUCAAAAUGGCUUGGGAUUCAGUAUCGCUGGAGGGAAGGGUUCACAACCAGCUAAGGACAAUACAGAUGCAAUCUUCAUUUCGAGGAUAACCGACGGUGGGGUAGCCCAGAAAGACGGCAAAUUGCUCGUAGGCGAUAAAGUAAUAUCUAUUAACGGAGUCGAAAUGACUGGAGCUCGUCACGAGCAGGCAGUGGGAAUGUUGACUGGUUUGGAAAGGUUCGUUCGACUGGUAGUCGAGCGCGAAAUACCUUUUUCCCAGGCAAAUCCAGCUCUGCAAUUAACCCCAUCAGAAAAAUCACCAAGAUUAAUAGGUGGACCAAAACCGUACACAGGGUUAUAUUCGGCAAAUAGUUAUAUGGCAAAUAGACCAGGUUACACGGGUUAUCGUCGAUCGAUUGAUGCCGACAAAGCUUUAUCUUCAAGUCCAACGUCCAAUACACCAACACCACCACCACCACCACCACCACCACCACUGCCGCCACCACCACCACCCCCGGCACUGACUUCGUCACCGUCACCCGCACCAUUAGGGCUCAAAGGCGAGCCUCUCAAUGGUGUUCCUAAAAUGAAUGGCUUAACGGACAAUGAAAAAGCAGCAAAGCCUUAUCCACAACCAGCACCAAGGCAGAGUGUGGCACAGCAGCAGCAACAGCAACAGCAGCAGUCGAGCGGAGAUAGAUCAACUUCACCGCAGGAAGAUAUACAGGUACCGAAGCCCAUCACCAACGAGGAAUUUCAGGCCAUGAUUCCCGCUCACUUCCUACGACCUCCGACUUCCUCGCCCUCGCCAGACUCCCAGCAAGGUCCUGUCGUCACUGUUACUAUCAAGCAGCCUGAUCAUCUUCCCGGUGAUGUUAAUUUCCCACCAGCGCCUACUACACUCGGUAAAGUUACUGAAGUCAUCACUAAAAGCACACUCACCGAGACUGUCGUCACACGUGUUACUGACAAUCAUCUGGUGCUACCGGUUAUUAUUGAGGAUGUCAUCCUCUUGAAGGAGGGCUCUCUCGGAUUCAGUAUCAUCGGUGGAACUGAUCAUUCUUGUACGCCCUUUGGUUCGAAAGAGCCAGGAAUUUUUGUAUCUCAUGUGGUACCUGGCGGUAUAGCAGCGAAAUCUGGAAAACUUCGUAUGGGCGACAGGAUAUUAAAAGUAAAUGGAACAGAUGUAACGAAAGCCACACAUCAAGAAGCUGUAAUGGAGUUACUCAGGCCCGGGGACUCGAUAGUUCUUACAGUUCAGCACGAUCCACUUCCAGAAAGCUAUCAGGAGAUGGUGAUUGUUAAAGAAUCUGGCGAAAAAUUGGGUAUGCAUAUAAAAGGUGGAUUACGUGGACAACGAGGUAAUCCAUUGGAUCGUAGUGAUGAGGGGGUUUUCAUAUCGAAAAUCAAUUCCGGUGGGGCAGCUAAGAGAGAUGGUAGACUGAAGGUUGGUAUGAGGCUAUUGGAAGUAAAUGGCACAUCUCUUUUGGGCGCAACGCAUCAGGAGGCCGUAAAUGUUCUCCGUUGUUCGGGAAAUACAAUUACUCUCGUUGUGUGUAAGGGUUAUGAUAAAACCGAAGUGGAAUAUUUAUUAACACUCUCAGGGGGUAGAGAUUCCAAAGAAUCGAGAGGUUCUGAAUCGGAACACAAAGAAUCACCGAUUGACGGCUUGAAGUCACUCUCGCAGAGUGUCUCUAGUUUAGAUAGAGAUGACGAGGAGGCGGCGACCUUACGCCAGGAACAAGAAAUGAAAGCCGAAAUGGUAGCUUGGGAGCAGGAAGAUCGCGAACGUGCCCUUAUGGAUCAUCGGGCUAAAUCGACACCCGAAAAGGUAUUGGAUGUAGUGCGAGCAGCUGAAUCGUUAGUGAACAAACCGAAUAGUCCAGUUGAUGUACCAAUACCACCGAAAUCACCUGGGGGAACAAAAGAUCUUAAAACAACUACCAUUGUCAUGAGUAAACACACAUUGGCACCCCAAAAUCCGACCCCUUUGCAGUUAAUAAGUAAUGAGGGAUCAGGAACAUCUGUGGAUCCUACAUCACCAUCACCUUCAGUAUUAAAAGUAUCAAAGUCUUUUUCUGACGGCAUGGCAACUAAUCUCGAUGAAACUCUUCACUCUAAAACAUUACCAAUAUCGUCAAAAAGUAAAAAUUCCAAUAAACGUAAUGUAGCAUUUGCAACUCUUCCAAGUCCUUACAAAAAAAACGAUAAUCACACCGAUGUCACACCAAUUGUCAAUUAUUCAACACAUCCUACCUUAAACAAAACCCCUGUUUCUUCUGGUGAUGAUUUAUGUAAACGAAGUUGGAGUUUUGAUUGUGGAAAAAAUACAAAUCGUUUUCGGCUGCCACCAACGCCACUCACAAGUCCCGGAUGCCUUGGGGAAGUUGAUACACCCACUUCUUUUAACACUAAACAGAUUGCACGCUCUGUUCCUGGACAAGCCAUCGAGCCAUCACCGACACCCUCUCCUACACCAGCAACACCAGCUAAAAUGUCGGUCAGUGAUCGAAAGCGAUUAUUUGAGAAUGCAAUGGAAGAGCAUCUCAAACCAUCUCCAAAACCAGAAAAAGUAUUCAGCUUCCUCAGUCAAGAUGAAGUGGAGAAAAUGAAAGCCGAAGAAGAAAAAAAAAUUGCAACACUUACCAGGGAUGAGCUGAAAUCAUGGGCACAGAUUGAUGAAAUGGAGGGUAUGGAUGAGUGUGAAGAUGCUGUCGAGGACCAAGAUAACAGACGCCCUAAUAGUCGAUUGAGCUCGCGAAGUUCUGUGCCUUCAUUAAAGGGAUUACCGGGUAUCGUGAGGACGGCGAAGGCAGAACGACGACUGAAAGAAAAAAUGAUUCAAGAGGGAUUGAUAUCUGAUGAUGACGAGGAGAGUAACUUAUCUCCAGCGGAACAACGGGCACUUAGAGCCGAAAAACGUGCUGCUUGGAGGCAAGCCAGACUAAAAUCUCUUGAACAAGAUGCACUCCAAGCCCAAAUGGUGAUUAAAAAAAUGAAUGAAAUGAUGGAUACAUCAAGUACAAAAACAGAUGGCAUCUCAUUAACAACAUCGCAGCCUCAAAUACUGCCCACUGGUGAAGCAAGUGAAAAAAUCAGUGAGUUCGCUACAUUACGGCCUUCGAGUGCGGAUUUUCCUAAGCUUGCCGUGCGCAGCAAAGUGGGACCGCCAAAGGCCGUACGCGAAUCAGAAAAAAUUGUUGACGAGAAGGUAACUCGUCGGACUGAGGAAUACGUCGAUGAGAUCACUGGUGAACGUCGUGUACGAACUGUUGAAUACGUCGAGAAGCUCAUUGAGCGGGAGGUGGAAACAUUGAGAGAAAAAAUCAUAUCCUUGGAAUUGAGUAAUGCAGAACGAGAUGCAGAUAAUAGAAAAGUUGAGACUGGUGCAAGUGAUGCUGAAAGUGAGAGUGAGGACGUUACUGGGCAAGAUUCAAUGAACGCAACUAUUGAAAGCUCAGAGUCUUUUAUUUGUACGAGUCCAACAUCUGAAAAUGCUCCGAACAUCGGCAAAAAUGGAACCAACGGUGGCAAUACCAAGAAGAAAAAACGAAAGCGCUCAAAGCGAGGACGUAAUUAAAUAUUUUCAUAUUCGAGGUGCAUACUUGGUGCGAUAUUCUAUAGGUUUGCCGGCAAAGAAUUCUAUUGACUACAAAAAUUAAUGAGGUAUCUCAUUGCUAAAAUGCCACAGUACAUAUAAACAAAUAAAAAUAAUGGUAAAGCAAAUAUCAAUUGGAAAUAUUGUAGUGACUGCAGCUGUAGCAAUGUGAAAAUUAACUGAAACAUAUAAAGUCAUAUUGAGUAUAUUACAGGGAAUGGGAUUAAUCCUGCCAUUUGAUUAUACUUUUAUAUCGAUUGUCGAUUCAAGUUCAUCUGAAUUUAAUUGAAAAAAAAAACAAACAAACAAAUUCUCAAUUCUUUACUAGCGGCGUUCAUCGACAAAAAAAAAAUAAGUUAAUUACUACAAAUAACUACACAUUCCUUACACUGGUGUGAACUUACUAACUGGUUUUUUGCAUUAUAUAAUAUAUAUAUUACAUCUUGCCCGACGGUGUUUAAUUUUAAUGCAAUAAUGACAACAACAUAACAAUAUAUUUUAAAAAUACAAAUUGCAAAUACAAUGCAAAUUCCUUGACUGAAGAGUAGCGUAAAGAAGGUGCUGAAUUUAACUUUCUUUUACUGUCAUGUAUACGCGUCUAAGGUCUUUCUUGUGAAAUAUAAAUCACUAGAAUUAUUCUUUUUGCCGAUGGAAAGAGAUUAAUUAUUAUUUAUCCUUUUCCAAAUGGUGUACACGUAUGGAGUAAAAGAGUUGUGGAUCAAUAAUGAUUCUAUUUGAAAAUUUCUCGAGAUUGAACUACAAAAGAAGUAAAUAAGAAUUGAAAAUAUUAAUAAAAGUCCAAUAAGAGUAUUAUAAAGAAAUAUGCACUGUAAUUUAUGGAAAUUGAAUGGCAAAUUGUAAAUUAAUUACAAAAAUAUUCGUCGUAAGGGAGAAUCUGUAAAAAAUCUGCGCAUUGUAUUUUAUUAAUUGAAAGUGCGCGUGUAUUAUUUUUCACAAGUUAAGGAUAAAAUUUCAAUGACAAUAAAAGAAAAAGAAGCUUGAAACCUAUAUCGAUGUCAACUGAGAUAUACAAGUCAACUAUGUUUAGCAUCAAGUUUGCAUAGACUUACACUAUGCUUUUACACUAAUUAAUUAUAUGUAUUGCUCAUGUAGCAUCGCCUUGAAAAAAUUACUAAUAGUAUUAUAUAUAGUUUAUCCGUCACCAUGGUUCGACGGGUUGAAUUGAGCUAAUUCCUCGUAAAUAUUAUGUUUGCUUGUGUUCGAAAGUUAAUUGAUCAAUUCUAAAUCAGAACGAUGGGACCACCACGUUGAAACAUUUCAAUUAUUCAAUCGACUCAUCCACUUAGUUAACUCGUUGUUCUUGAUUAUUUCUGUUUAUAAUGGAAUCAGUGCUUUUUAUUAAUAUAUAUGUUGACGACUUUCUCAAUGACGUUGUUAAUCGAAAAUUCACCAUGUAGAUUGUGAAAUCACGGUGUUUUCGGUGUCAUUCUCUUCCAAUCCCAUAAAUUAAUUUUUCUUUAACCAUGUACAUCACUCAUGAGAUUCUUAAUUAUCAUCUUGAGUUUUCAACUUGAAAAAAUGUGGUCAUUAGAAUAAUAGUACGUGAAGUCAAUUGCACCGUAAUUGAUAACAAUUCGUAAGUAACAUAGACAUCAAAUAACUAAAAAAAUGAAAAAAAUGGAUUCUUCAAAUGUUAUCAUCAUGAGGGAGAACAUAAAUUGCGUAAGAUGAAUGAGACAAUGACUAAUAUAGACAUUGAAUUUAUCAAAUAUCUAAUUUUUAUUUCUAAGUUUUGAUGGAAAUGAAAUACAUAUAUUAUUGUCAGCUAUUUUUCUUCAAUGAGCAAUAUUUAUACGUUUUAUAAUGCUAUACGUGUAUUUGUACGUGAAAAUAUUAUGUAGAUGAAUAUUCAUUAAAUGAAAACGAAUGAUGAAUUAUUA